AUGUUACAUUAUUUCAAAUAUGUAAAUAUAAAAAUAUUAUUAUUAUUAUUAUUAUUUAUACUUUUUGAUAAUUAUGUUGAAAAUUAUAUUUUUUAUAAAGGAGGUUUUAUAAUAAAACCACACUUCAAGAGAGUAUUUUGUUUAAAAAAACAUAAAUAUAAGAAAUUAUUAUUUAAAUUAAAAUCACAUGAAGAAAUAGAUGACUAUAAAUAUUUUACAGAAGAUGAAUAUAUACCUGCAUUACCUCCAGUUGAAACAUGGGAAGAUUUACUAAUAAAAGAAGAAAUAAGAAAUAAAACAGAAGAUGAAAGAAGGAAUGUUGAUGAUUAUAAAUUAUCUCAUGAGAGUAGAGAAAAGGUUUUAGAUAUAAUGAGACAGACACGUUUAAUAAAUCAUUGUAACUAUGAAAUUCAAAAAAAUAAACAAAAAAAUAUUUUAUAUUUUGUAACUCCUAAAAUAGGUCCAUAUUGCAAACUCAUGGAAAAUGAUAAGAACAAGAUGGAUAGUUUAGUGAGUAAAGUUAAAGAGAAAUUUGGUAAAAAAGUAGAAAUAGUAAAUUUAAAAUUAGAUGUAAAAAUGCCAUUAUUUGAAAUAUUUUUACAAGCGAAUAUUCAUACACAAAUAAAAAUUUUUUAUGCAAGAGGUAGAACUUUACAAUAUAGAUUACCUUCUGUUUUUUGGACAAAAUGUAAAAUUUUAAAAGAGAAUAAAAUAUUACAAGAAAAAUAUGGAGGAGAAUGUGCUCCUGGGUUAUUUCCAAAAUAUGAUGAAUAUAAUAUUAUGCAAAUAAUAACAGAAUGUGUUUAUAAUGACAAAUAUAAUUAUUAUGUUUAUGAUGUAAACUUAGAAUGGGAAAAUUUAUGCGCCUUAACACCUGAAAAUAAAGAAUUGAGAAAAAUUGUUCACCAAAAUGUUCACGUUCCAACUAGACUAGCUGUAAUAAAAGCUUUUGAACAAGGUAUAGAAGACUUUCGAGAUGUUAUAAGAGAAGAAUAUCUUAUUAUGCUUAGAGAACAAAGAAAAUUAAAAGAAAAUAAAGAUUAUAAAUUUUAG